AACAUGGCGGCGGCGGUGUGAAGCCCGGUGCCGGCUCGCGGGACCAGCGUGACAGAAUUUCGUUGCUUUCGCCUACAAGACCCGAGGUGCUAGGAAGACCAGAGGAAAAUUAUUCAGGAAAGAAAAUCAGAAAGGGAUACUAUGGGACGAACAGCGAAUGAAGGUUCAAUGGAUGUCAAAAAGGAGAAUCAAGAGAAAACUCCUCAGUCAAGCACAUCUUCUGUGCAAAAGGAUGAUUUCCACUGGGACAGGUAUUUGAAAGAAACUGGAUCUUUAAGUGCUCCUUCAGAAUGCUUCAGACAGUCUAAGAUUCCACCAGCUAAUGACUUCAAAGUUGGUAUGAAAUUGGAAGCCCGUGACCCUCGCAAUAUUACUUCAGUAUGUAUUGCUACGGUUAUUGGAAUUACUGGGGCCAGAUUACGUUUACGGCUAGAUGGUAGUGACAAUAGAAAUGAUUUUUGGAGGCUUGUUGAUUCCCCGGAUAUACAGCCUGUUGGGACAUGUGAAAAGGAAGGAGACUUACUUCAACCUCCACUGGGAUACCAAAUGAAUACAUCAUCUUGGCCAAUGUUUCUGUUACGAACAUUAAAUGGAUCUGAAAUGGCACCUGCAACCUUGUUCAAAAAGGAACCACCAAGGCCACCCCUAAAUAAUUUUAAAGUGGGGAUGAAACUCGAAGCUGUAGACAAAAAGAAUCCUUAUCUGAUCUGCCCUGCAACUAUUGGAAGUGUUAAAGGAGAUGAAGUUCACAUCACAUUUGAUGGCUGGAGUGGAGGUUUUGAUUAUUGGUGCAAAUAUGAUUCUCGAGAUAUUUUCCCAGUUGGAUGGUGUAGCCUGACAGGAGAUGUAUUACAACCACCAGGAACUAGUGUUCCUAUUGUAAAGAAAAUAGCAAAACCACAGUCUUCUCCUACCAAAGAGACCCAGCAUUCAGUGCAGUCUCCACAGAAAACUGCUCUAGUAUUACCAACACAGCAGAUCAAGAAAGCAGGUCGAACUAAACCAGCUGGACAUACUUCAGUUUCCAAAAAGGGCAGUUCUGUUAAAACUACCACACCAAGGAAAAAAGGGGUAAACUCAGGAAAAAAGGAGAAAUGUCUUCCUGUGAUGUGUUCUACAUCUUCAGCUUCUCUACAUUCGCUGCUCAGAAAACGUGGCAUUUCAUAUGAUGAGAGUGCCUUUUCUGGGACAUCAAAAAUAGUAAUGUCUACAGUCUGUGUCUAUAUAAACAAACAUGGAAACUGUGGCCCUCACCUGGAUCCAAAGAAAAUCCAGCAGCUGCCUGACCACUAUGGCCCAGGCCCGGUGAAUGUGGUGCUCCGCCGGACCGUGCAGGCCUGUGUGGAUUGUGCCUUUCAGAGUAAGACUGUUUUUGGAUUCCUUAAGCCAGAUCAUCGUGGAGGAGAAGUGAUAACUGCCUCUUUUGAUGGGGAAACUCAUUCCAUCCAGCUCCCUCCAGUGAAUAGUGCAUCAUUUGCUCUUCGUUUUCUUGAGACCCUUUGCCACAGCAUGGAGUGUAAGAACCUUUUGAGUAGCCAGCCUUUUAGCUCUUAUAAGGGUAAUACUCAUAGCUCUGCAGAGCAUGAUAAUAAACCAGCAAUAAAAGAAGAGCUAUUAGAAAAGAAAAGCAUCAAACGAUCUCCUGAAAAACCUCUACCUUCUGUUGUUCCUCUCUCUCCUAAGUUACCCAAAACAAUGGUGUAUGCAUGUAAAGAAGAAACAGUACCUCCUGAGGGAAAUGGCAUGCCCAAAGAGGAAAAGCUUCCUGAAUAUUCCGAAAAUUUGUCUUUAAAUUCAGGAAGUUCUUUGAAUCCUGCCUGUAGAAAUCUUAUGUAUACUCCUACUUCGGUCGCGAGAAAUUUUUCUCAAAAUAUGCCAGGCACCUCAAGUUCAGCACCAUCCACCAAGAGCAGUUACCAUGAAGUUAAAUGCCAAGUGCAGAGGAAAAAUGAAGCUCCAAGUUAUAUAGCUGUACCUGACCCCAGUGUCCUGAAACAAGGCUUCUCUAAGGACCCUUCAACCUGGUCUGUGGAUGAAGUGAUACAGUUUAUGAAACAUACAGAUCCUCAGAUAUCAGGCCCCCUCGCCGACCUCUUCAGGCAACAUGAAAUUGAUGGGAAGGCUCUGCUACUACUCAAGAGUGAUAUGAUGAUGAAGUAUAUGGGGCUGAAGCUGGGGCCAGCAUUAAAGUUAUGUUACUACAUUGAAAAACUUAAAGAAGGAAAAUAUAAUUAAAAAAAGGUGUAAGUUUGGAUUGGACAUAAUUCUCAGGUGUACUGAUACUUUUAAAAGUAUUUUUCUUCUCUUAGAAGUUUUUGUUUUAUAGAAAGUUCCUAUAAAAAUAUUUUAUCAGAAUUAUAGAACUGAGUUAACAAUUGAGUCCACUUUUUAAAAAACCAUUUAACAUGUUAGUAUUAGCACAUUCAAAUUGGAAGUUUGUUCUUUUUCUGUUCAUUAUUUCAUUGUACACUUUACAUACGUCUGGAGUAAACACAGAAAAACCUUUGAUUUUGGUUAAUCUUUAUAUCUAGAACCAAAACAGCUAAAUCCCAAAGGGGAAAAUAUCAUGGAUUGACAACAUAUAUAAUUAAAUCCAUGAGAAUUUUUCCUCAACAGAGAACUUAAAGGUGAACCUAUAGAUAUCAUCUCUUCAUCAAAUAUUUUAUCUGAUACUCUUCAAUAAUCUGUUCGUGUUCUACCAGUUUCCAGAAAAGGGAAUAGCCAUAUAAAUUAUUUUCCCUUCUUUUAUUAUUUCUCUAUAUGUUGUAUUUGUUCAUAUUUAAAGGAAAAAAGCUUAUAAGCUUUCAUAAAGUGUUCUUAUCAGUUUUUAAUAAAUUUUUUAAACCUAUAGGUUAGAUAGAAUGAUAAUUUUAUGCAGGAGAUAUUUAUACUACAAGGGUGGUUUGGAUGGAGUCUUUAAAAUUUUUUCAAUGAAAUGCCUAUUAUUUUAAAACUUUACAUAUUUUCGCUAAGCUUGGAUGUAUAACUAGGCAUUCAGUUCUCACAUCUCUAUAUGAAGAUACCUGUGUCCAAAUUUUUAAAAGAUAUAUUUUAUUGUAUGUGCUUAUUCUUCAUAUGAUACUUUACCAUAUUUAUAUAUUCUAUACCUGUAGGUAUACACACAAGUAAAUCUUUUCUUUUUGAAUAUGGCACUUUGCACUGCCACAGAGGUAAUGAUGAACUAUGUAUAUAGUUAGAUGUUUUUAUUUUGUUAAAAAAAUAUAUGUGCAUUGUUUGUAUCACCAGUACCUCUCAGCUUACUCUUCAGGGGAUAAGAAACAAUCCAUAGAUUGGUUUUCAUACAGGGAAGUUCUCUGUCCUAUGCAAUGUUUCUAAUUAAUUUGCUUAGUUCUGAGCCAUUUUUUCUGCUACACUUUGAAAGAUACGUUAGUUCUGACUUAAUUGUUUGAGGCUUUAUAAGUUAGAACCUUUAAGAGGAAAUGGUGCUAUAUGUUUAUUGUUAUUACUUUGUGUAACUUUGGUGUAAUGUUUAUAAUCUAUGAGAAUUAGUUAUAAAAGUAUUAGCCAUUUGUUGUAAAUGCCAAUAAAAUGUUCACCAGGGGCAAGAAUGUACAUUUUCUUUUUAGAAAACCAAAUGUUCUUUAGGCUUGAAUGCAACUAUUUAAAAAAUGGCUUCAUCUAUGUUAUUCCUUAUAUGUUAUAAGACAAGAUUUGUACUUAAAAACUCGGUCUUCUUUCAAAUUGUUUAUAUGAAGAUGCUGUACCCAGUUGAACAGUCCUCAGGUGUUUAUAUAACUACUACAUUUUGUAAUUUUCAUAUUUUAAAAUACAAUAAAGUUAACUGCAGCAAUGAA